GUAUCACGUGAUACCUAGAGGGGAGCGUAAAAAUAAAAAUAGUUAAUCUUGGUUAUAUUUUGAUCAUUUCACGCGUCAUUACUUGUUAAGAUUAAUUAAAAUGUUGUUGAUAAUUGGUGUAUUAUUGAUUCUCCCGUCAUGUAGAGGAGAAACGUUUCAGAAUGGCAGUGCCUAUUGUAAGAAUAAGGCCUGUACCUUUACAGCUAAUCAAGUUGAUAUGAAGGGAGCAACUGCAUUCGGAACUUACAAUGAUACAUUGAUGGAAAAUGGCUGGGGUAUAUUAGAUAUCGUGGCUGGUAAUGGGAAUCCUCAGCCAGCAGAUGAAGAUAUCAUGUUUGCUACCGGUUUCCUUGAAGGUCGAUUUACAGCUUCGAGAAUUGCAGAACAUUAUCAGAAUGUACGUGGAAUAUUUUUCUCUGGUGAACGAAGUCCAAUUAUUGAAGUGAAAGUAAAGAAAUAUUUUAUCCAACAGGAUCAAUGGAUGAGAAAAAUGAUCGAAGAAAACGUCCCCAAAAAUCCUCUGUGGCGCCAUGUUAGUUAUAUUAUAUCCCAGUAUGAUGGUUUGAUUGAAGGUUAUAAUGCAGCAAGACUUACCCAGAAGACAUUACCUGCUUUAGAAACUUAUGCAUUCCAAGUAUUAAAUGGUGUUGGUGAUUUGAUUGAUUUGGUCAGAGUUGUUGAUCCACAAAGUAUACCAGAUUGGAGGAAAAUGACUAAAGAACAGGCCAUGAUUUAUGCACAAGAGAGUGGACAUUGUUCAGCAAUGGUGAAGGUAUUGGGAGCUUAUGAAGAUAUUUUUAUGUCUCACUCGAGUUGGUUUGCGUAUUCGGCUACAUCUAGAAUAUUUAAACAUUAUAAUUUUAAUGUCAGUGAUAAAUCGACAUCUGCUCGACGCAUCUCAUUCGCUAGUUAUCCAGGAUUUUUGGAGUCACUGGACGAUUUUUACUUACUAGGAAGUAAAAUGGUUAUGUUGCAGACAACUAACAAUGUAUUUAAUUCAACAUUAUAUAAAUCUUGUACACCCAAUAACCUGUUGGCAUGGCAUCGUGUUAGAGUAGCUAAUAUGUUAGCUAACACGGGUAAAGAAUGGGCAGAUAUACUGGCUACAUAUAACUCGGGGACCUAUAAUAAUCAGUAUAUGGUAAUUGAUCUAAAGCAAAUAACUCUGGGUAAAGAAAUAAGAGAUAAUGCAUUAUGGGUAGUAGAACAGAUACCGACAUUAGUAGCAUCUGGUGACGAGACACAAAUAUUACGAGCUGGUUAUUGGCCAUCUUACAAUGUACCAUUUUUUGAAGAAAUUUAUAAUAUGAGUGGCUAUCCUGAAUUUUCUGCCCAACAUGGUCUAGAUUCAACAUAUCAGCUGGCACCAAGAGCUAAAAUAUUCCGUAGAGAUGAAGGAAAGGUUGUAGAUUUAACAUCUUUUAAGAACAUCAUGAGAUAUAAUGAUUAUAAAAAAGAUAAAUAUAGUGAAGAUAACCCAUGUAACACGAUCUGUUGCCGUGGCGACCUAGAUGCAAAAUCACCUAGAGCUGAUGGUUGCUAUGAUACAAAGGUGGCGGAUUUUAAUAUGGCUUUAAAUUUAGAAGCUGAUAUUGUUAAUGGCCCUACACUUGGUGAUGGUUUACCACCAUUUAAAUGGACACCAACAUUUAAUGUAUCUCACACAGGUCUUCCUAAUGUUUAUAACUUCCCAUUUAUAUCUACCAGUCCUAGAUGGAAGAAUUAAUGGAUGUUACAAUAUGAUAUUGGCACCCCCCUCCUUUAUCUCUACCAGUUCUAGAUGGAAAAAUUAAUAUUCACUAAUAUUUUAUGUGCAAUAAAGGAGGAACACUAUUGGACCGUGUUUUUUUAUUGUCCUAUCCAAACUAAUAGACACACUUUUCUUGUCAGCCACCUGUGAUAUAUGAGAACCCUGCUUCCAAUUUCCAUCUGCAAUAUAUCUAUUUGAAUAUGCCAAAAGUGUGCCACAAAUAUUAAAAUCUCUUCCAAUUUAGGUCAUAUUGUUCUUUAGUUUCAUUAAAUAAUGAAGCAUAUAGAUUAGAAUUUGUCAGAUGUUUAUGAUUUUUCAUAUAUAUAUAUAUGCUCAGGGGUUUGGCAUCUUCAUGUAUUUUUGUUGUUGUUAUGGUUUUAAUAUAUGCCCACAUUUUAUGUGGAAAUAUAUUGUUGUCAACACUGUCAAAUGGCCAGUCAGUUCAUCUGUCUACAUGUGACAGGGUUUUUAAAAAAAAUUAUUGCAAAUAUGUAUUGCUGGUAAAUUCACCAAAACCUUGUCCUGUAAGUGAACUAUUUGUGUUGCAUUUCAGUAUGCUAAAGUUAACUAUUUGAGUUGUAUUUCAGUAUACCUUAACUAUUUUAGUUAAAUUUUAGUAUACUUAGUUAACUAUUUGAAUUAAAUUUAUGUAUGCUUAAGUUAACUAUUUGAGUGCAAUUUCAAUAUACGGUACUUAAAGAUACUUUCCCCGAGUACAAACUGUGUGAUUUAAUAAUAUAUUUAGACUUAAAACAUUUUCUAAGUAAUUAAUCUAUCAAAAAUUUGCUUCAAAUAACUCACAAAACUUUGUAUUCACUGUGGGGCUACCUAAGCUAUAAAUAAACUGUUUGUAGACGCCAUAUCUGUCACCUUAAUUCAUGAAGGGGGGUUCAUUUUUCAGAAUGUAUUUUUCAUUACUUACUGUCCAUUUAACAUACAUAUUUGAGGCCUAAGUAAAUUCUGAAUUAUUUUUUGUCAACUUUUUCCGAUGUUUAAUUGCAGAGUUUUUGUACGUUGACACCUCUCAGUAUUCCCAAAACCGCCUAACUAUUUGAUCAAGACAUAACAACUGCUCUCUCAGUCAAGCUAGAACACAAUGAGCUGGCAGACAACAGUCGGGUUGCCAAUUAGUGAUAUCCUGACAUUUUUGCUCAGUGCUUGCCCCAUGGGUGUUUUUCAGAUAAUCCAGUAUUUUCUAGUAAGAUUCAGUGUCUACAGUUUCCAUAUACCAAAUUUGCCAUACUUUGAUGAAUACUUUUGGGACAAUGUAUCUUUAAGUUAGUUGUUUGAAUGGAAUUUCAGUAGAAUUUCAAUACCGGUAUUCUUAACUUUAUGGUUUGAAUUUUAUAAAACUUCACUAUUGAAGUUGAAUUUUCAAUAUACCUCAUUAUUUAGGUUGAAUUUUAAUAUGAUUUGCUAUUUAAAUAUAAUUUAAAUGUGAUCCACUAGUUCAAUUGACUCACAAUAUCUUUUAUUAAUUAAAAAUUUAAAUUGGGUAUUUCCACUGAAUUUAUGUAUUUUAAAUUAAAUUAAGUAGUACACUUGUAUCAUUCCAUUAUAUACUUGAAAAUUAUGAAAUAAUAUAAUAUGCAUAUAAUUAUCUACUGCAAAUAAUGAAUUGAAUAUUUUGGUAGUUUGGGGUAUAUAUUUUUCAAUUUUGAAAAGAUGUUAUGUAUUGUAUACUUAAAUCCAGUGUAAUUUUAUACAAGAUGAAUUAAAUACUUUGAAUUUUA